AUAGAAAUGAGGCAAUUUUCCAGCAUAAGGGCUUUGAGAGCUCCCAGCCGGAGUUUCUCACAAGCUGCUGUCCGUCUCGAGGAACACAUUGAAGCCAGACCACCUAUCCCAGCUACAUUGAAAGCCAAACUUGAGCAGAACAGAGUCAGAAUAGCUGUACAAAGCAAUAUGAGUCGUACAGGCUUGAACAACUACGAAUACGAGCGCAUCAGAGUGGUUCCUACUCUCAAAACUUUCUUUGGAGGAAAUCCUGUUCACGACGAAAACAUGAAUGUUUUGAAUGGAGUUUUGAGAAAAUAUAUCGACUUGCCGACCCGAGUGCUUUCUGACGAAGAACUCCGUACCAGCAAAUUCAUCUCAUUCGAGACAUACAAGAAGAAGACCCAGUCUGGAACAAGACUUAAAGACAUCCAUUACAAGGAGUUGACCAACAUUUUGCAUAGACUAAGAAGUAUCAACCAUGAGUUGAUGCCUAGAGAAGUCAGUGAAAUCCUAGAAUCGUAUCGAAGCACUGCCAGUGACUUCACGGGUGCAGCUAAGAAGGCCAGGACAUUGGACGAAGAAGGUAAAGCCUACGGAAAAUCUAAGAGAAAGGUCUCUUUUGCUGAAGUGUGGUUGACUAGAGGUGAAGGUGAUACUUUGAUCAAUGGUAAAUCGCUUGUAGAGUACUUCCCUAAAGACACGGACCGUAAGAAAAUAGCAUAUCCUUUCCAGGUAAUCAGUCAGGAGGGUCAGUAUAAUAUCUUUGCCAAAGUUUCUGGUGGAGGUGUCACCGGACAGACUGAAGCUGUCAUGUAUGCCAUUGCUAGGGCUCUCAUUGUGUUCAACCCUUUGCUCAAGCCUAGAUUAUCCAAGGCUGGUUUGAUGACUUCUGAUGCCAGAAACGUCGAAAGAAAGAAGCCUGGUAAGGUUAAGGCUAGAAAGUCGCCUACCUGGGUUAAGCGUUGACCUCUUAUACAUAUCAAUUCAUGUACAUAUCUAUACAAUACAGUGUAUCAU